UAUGACGCCAUGACGUUAGAGCGUUCCCCGGAUGAAACCGAGUUGCUAUGACAACCACGGUAAAGCAGUAACGCGAAAGUUCCGUUGCACACGUUAAACGUCUGAAGCGUUUCAUUCAUGGACGCGGGAGCGAACACGUACCUCAUUAGACCGAAUUAUAAAGACAAGUUCAAGGCAGGAGUGGCGAAAGAGUGCAUUAGAGAAAUCCUGAGGGAGCAGCUGUACGGGGUGCAGUACAAUCCUGAGGAGGUUCCCACAUUAUCCAGAUCUCUAGCAGACUCGAUUAAAAACAAGCUGAAAGACGUGGGCUUUGACAGAUACAAGCUCAUCGUGCAGGUGGUCGUUGGAGAGCAGCGUGGAGAAGGAGUCAAGAUGGCUGCACGCUGCUUCUGGGAUGCAGAUACAGACAGCUAUGCUCAAGAUAUAUUUAUGAAUGACAGCUUGUUCUGUGUGGCUGCUGCGUUUGGUGUGUAUUAUUACUGAAGACACACAGGAGAUGUGCUGAGGAACAAACAUUUGCAGUUGAUUUUCUAAUAGAUUUUAUGUGAUAUUUAAUACCAUCACUAUGUUUUAGUAUCAAUCGCAUCCAUGUUUGUUUGUCUGAAUACCUCGCUGUAUGAUUUUUCCUACAUUACCGUCUUUUGUCACAGUUAUUUUCAUCUUAAUAA